CAACACUGGGCUGGCCGCCUAGUGAGCCUUUCAUUUGGCUUCACUUGCGGAGGCGGGCUGAGUGCUGUCCAACAGUUUACUGAGAGCUGGAGACCUACAAACUCAAUUUCUGUGGCUCUGUAAAUGAAGUGUAAACCUGACAGACCCGGAGCCUAGUUGUGAUGGCGCAGGACGUUACAACUUUAACUGGAGCGGACUAUUUAGAGGGGAAAUCACCCUGUUGUUCAGACACAGGAGCUUUGAACGAAGGAGACAAAGAAUAUGACGACAUCUUGGAGCUUAAUCAGUUUGAUGGACUGCCUUAUUCCUCCAGGUUUUACAAACUGCUGAAAGAAAGGAAGGAACUGCCAGUGUGGAAAGCAAAGUGUGAAUUCAUGGACACUUUGGCCAAAGAACAGUUUGUUGUUGUCAGUGGCUCUGCCAAAACUGGAAGGAGCUCUCAAAUACCUCAGUGGUGUGCUGAAUUCUGCCUGUCAGUCCAGUUCCAGCACGGCAUGGUGGUUUGUACCCAGAUACAUGCACAACAGGCUGUAGAUCUCGCCCUCAGAGUGGCUGACGAGAUGGAUGUCAACAUCGGUCACGAAGUUGGGUACAGCAUCCCUCUUGAAAGUUGCUGCACUACUGACACAGUCCUCAGAUACUGCACGGAUGACAUGCUUCUGAGGGAGAUGAUGUCAGACCCUUUGCUCGCACACUACAGUGUUGUGGUCGUGGAUCAGGCCCACCAGAGGACUGUAGCCACUGAUGUUCUCCUGGGUCUGCUGAAGGACAUCGUCCUGCAGAGGCCAGAGCUCCGUGUGGUCCUCCUUACAGCUUUCCCACCCAGCCCCAAGCACCCGGCCCACUUUACCGGGUCGGCAGCGCGUUUGAUUCACCUGGAGACCCCAGGUGCAGGGGAGGUGGUGUACAGCAGCACAGGCGACGGCUAUUUCUGCUCUGCUCUCCGUCUCGUGCUGGAGAUCCAUCGCUCCAGAGAGAAGGGGGAUGUGGUUGUGUUUUUGGUGACAACGCAGGAGAUAGAUCUGGCCCACAACAUCCUGUCCCACGAGAGGAAGAGCUUACCCAUCGAUCUGGGUGAGCUACUGCCAAUAGCUGUGCACCCUGGGCAGCCUGGGAGUCUGCCUGUCCUGGGGGAAGAGGACACCAGCCAGACCCGCCGAGUGUUCCUCAGUUCAAGCCCAAAUGAGGACUUUUUCUGGGCUGUUAGCUCGAUAAGCUUUGUUAUUGAUGCCGGGCUUGAGAAAAAAUAUGUCUACAACCCCAGGAUCAGAACAAACUCAGUCAUCAUUCAGCCUAUCAGCACCGGCCAAACCGAGAGUCGAAGGCAACUGGCAGGUCUGGCAGGCAAGUGUUUCCGUCUGUAUCCAAAGGAUAGACAACUUCCUACUCAGAUACGCCCGCAUAUUGUGGAGUCUGACAUCACAUCCACUGUGCUGUUCUUGAAAAGGAUGGAGAUCGCCGGACUGGGUCACUGCGAAUUCAUAGACAGACCAGAUCCUGCAGGCCUCAUGCAGGCUUUGGAGGAGCUCGACUACCUAGCAGCUCUGGAUAAUGACGGCAACCUGUCUGAGAUGGGCAUCAUCAUGUCUGAGUUCUCAUUGGAGCCACAGAUGGCAAAGACCGUGCUCGCCUCCUGUGAGUUUGACUGCGUCAGCGAGGUGGUCAUCAUUGCUGCUAUACUAUCAGCGCCAUCUUGCUUCAUGGUUCCUUCUGUGGAGCUGAAACCAGAGGCGACCCAGUGCUACAUGAAGUUCCAGCACCCAGAGGGAGACCACUUCACCCUGAUUAAUAUCUACAAGGCCUAUAAACAGUGCCAGCAGGAUCCAUACUGUAAUAUAGAGAAGUGGUGUCAAGACUUCUAUCUGGACCACAAUGCUUUGCUGAUGGCCGACGGGAUUCGCAGUGAGCUCACCGACACCCUGAAGAGGAUCGAGCUGCCCAUUUCAGUGCCCGCCUUUGGUUCCCGAAGUAACGCGGUCAACAUUAAGAGAGCCCUCUUAGCAGGUUUCUUCAUGCAGGUGGCACGUGAUGUGGAUGGAUCUGGGAACUACUUUAUUAUAACCCACAAGCACAUAGCGCAGAUCCAUCCUCUGUCUGGCUACGGAGCCAAGAGUCCCAAGCUGGGCCUGCCUGAGUGGGUGUUGUUCCACGAACACUCCUUUUCAGAGGACAACUGCCUCCGCACCGUAACCCACAUAACACCACAGGAGUUCAUUCAGAUGGCACCACAGUACUUUUUCUACAACUUACCAUCGAGUGAGAGCAAAGACAUCCUGCAAAACAUUUUGAACCACGGGGCUUCUCAGUACCAAGAGGAGAAACCACCAGCAACACAAAAGGAAUCCCAUGAGGAUCAGACUUCUGACCGCUGUGUUAUACAGUGACUGAUGGAGCCACUGUUUCAAGUUAUUGGGACUUUUUGCACAAUAUAGUACAGAAAGAGACUGGAUCAUCAAGUAAAGAAUCCUAUAAUUGUAUUACUUUUUUGUGGCACAGUUACUGUGCCCUAACCCCCAAUCCCAAUAUAGUCUUUGUAUGUUAUAUUUGAAUAGCUAUAAAAAAUGAACUAAUAUAUGAAAUAAAAAUAUUGCUCUUUUUAAGCCCAUAUUAUUCGCAUUUAUACGUGUUCAAGAUUUUUUACAUUGCCAUCGAGUCCUUUAAAGAUUUUCUGACUUCCCUUCCUCCUCAUCUCUCUUCAGCCAUCAGACAGAUAGCACUGUGUCCCCGGCCUGAUUAAUGAGUUGCAGUAGCAGUCUGGACAUGUCUGCAGCUCCAUCUGGUGUGAAUAUAGCUGACACCAGAGGGCUGACCCAGUUCACUGACACCACAGUGAAAACAUCUUUCACCUCUUUGGUGGGCUUGAACAGCGCAUCAAGGACGGUUGACCAUAACCCACAGGGUGCCAUGCUGCCUUGAAAAUUGCAGGGGCUAGUUUGAUGGCAAAGCACACUGUACUUUUUUUUUUUUUUUCCAGAGAUACAGUACUUUUGCAAACUGGUGUCAAAUGCAUAUCGUUAGCAAGCAACAAUUUAAGAGAAAACAAUAUAUCACAGUAUGAAAUUCAAAAACAUUUUAUUAUUAUCAUCCC